AUGGCAGCUCCUCGUGUGAGCUUUUCCGAUAAGGAUCUGGAGAACGGUGAGCACGCUGCUGGUGCUGGUGACAGAUCCCGCAAGUGGUCCCAGGCUCCCGGCAACAUCGAAGAUCUAGACGAGUACACUGCACUCCAAAAGUAUAUUUCUACAUACAGAGAUCCCAAGGCGGCCGAUAGUCCCGAAAACCAAGUUCAGGAUGGUGAGGAUGCGAAGAAGGGCAAGGCGUGGUGGCAGUUCUGGCGGUCAGGCAACUCCUCGCAGGCCACCGACAAGGAUGCCGGCGUCGUACCCGAGGAGUGGCUCGAGUCCGAUAUCAAGCAAGGUCUCUCUACUAGCGACGUGGAGAACCGCCGAAAGCGCUGCGGCUUCAACGAGAUCAUGACUGAGAAGGAGAACCUUUUCAUCAAGUUCUUGAUGUUCUUCACAGGCCCUAUUCUCUACAAGCUGUCGCAGCGGGCGUGGAGCUACGGGCGCACGACCAUCAUUCGGCCCGACCAUUCAUGCACGUCGCUGCAGCCACGAGCCCACGCUAACUUCUUGGCAGCUAUGGAAGUCGCUGUCCUCCUCGCUGCUGGUCUUCGUGACUGGAUUGAUUUCGGUGUCAUCAUCGCCAUUCUUCUGCUCAACGCCGCCGUCGGCUGGUACCAAGAAAAGCAAGCCGCCGAUGUCGUCGCAUCUCUCAAGGGUGAUAUCGCCAUGAAGGCGAUUGUCAUCCGUCAAGGUCAAGAACAGGACAUCAAGGCUCGUGAGCUCGUCCCCGGUGACAUCAUCGUCAUUGAGGAAGGCCAGACCGUCCCAGCUGACGCCCGUCUCAUCUGCGACUACGAGGCUCCCGGUGAUUUCGAGAAGUACAAGGAGCUUCGUGAGCAGCAUGCGCUCAACCCAGAGGAGGAUCCGUCUGGCUCGGAGGACAAGGAGGGUGACGAAGAUGAGGGUGUCGCACAACAGGGCCACUCCAUCAUCGCCACCGAUCAAUCUGCCAUUACUGGUGAAUCUCUCGCUGUCGACAAGUUCAUGGGCGAUGUGGUCUACUACACAACUGGGUGCAAGCGUGGCAAGGCCUACGCUGUCGCUACAACUUCCGCCAAAUACUCUUUCGUUGGUCGCACUGCCACCCUCGUGCAAGGUGCCAAGGACCAAGGUCAUUUCAAGGCUAUCAUGAACAGCAUCGGUACAGCGCUUCUCGUCCUGGUCAUGUUCUGGGUCCUCAUUGCCUGGAUUGGUGGCUUCUUCCGUCACUUGAAGCUUGCGACUCCCGAAGCGUCCGACAAUAACCUGCUCCACUACACUCUUAUCCUCUUCAUCAUUGGCGUACCGGUCGGUCUCCCUGUCGUCACCACCACAACACUCGCCGUCGGUGCCGCUUAUCUGGCCAAGCAGAAGGCUAUCGUCCAGAAGUUGACCGCGAUCGAGUCUCUUGCUGGUGUCGAUGUGCUCUGUUCUGACAAGACCGGAACCCUCACUGCCAACCAGCUUUCUAUCCGUGAGCCAUACGUCGCUGAGGGCGAGGAUGUCAACUGGAUGAUGGCCUGCGCUGCCCUGGCUUCUUCCCACAAUAUCAAGUCCCUUGAUCCCAUUGACAAGGUCACCAUCUUGACACUCAAGCGCUACCCAAAGGCACGUGACAUCCUCAAGGACGACUGGAAGACCGAGAAAUUCACUCCCUUCGACCCUGUCUCCAAGCGUAUUACCUGUAUCGUCACCCUCCGCGGCGAUCGCUUCACCUGCGCCAAGGGUGCUCCCAAGGCCGUUCUUAACUUGACCGAGUGCUCUAGGGAGACCGCAGACCUGUUCAGGGACAAGGCCACCGAAUUCGCUCGCCGUGGUUUCCGCUCUCUCGGUGUCGCUUACCAGAAAAACAAUGAGCCGUGGGUCCUCCUGGGUAUGCUUUCUAUGUUCGACCCUCCCCGUGAGGAUACUGCUCAGACCAUCGUCGAGGCCCAGCAGCUUGGUGUUCCAGUCAAGAUGUUGACUGGUGAUGCCAUUGCUAUCGCCAAGGAGACUUGCAAGAUGUUGGCUCUCGGCACAAAGGUUUACAACUCUCAGAAGCUCAUCCACGGUGGUCUCUCCGGCACAACCCAGCACGACCUUGUUGAGCGUGCCGAUGGUUUCGCUGAGGUCUUCCCCGAGCACAAGUAUCAGGUAGUCGAGAUGCUGCAACAGCGUGGCCAUCUGACUGCCAUGACUGGUGACGGUGUCAACGAUGCUCCUUCCCUCAAGAAGGCCGACUGCGGUAUCGCUGUUGAGGGUGCCUCCGAAGCUGCCCAGGCCGCCGCCGAUAUUGUCUUCCUUGCUCCCGGUCUCAGCACCAUCGUCUUCGCCAUCAAGACUGCCCGCCAGAUCUUCCAGCGCAUGAAGUCCUACAUUCAGUACCGUAUCGCUCUGUGUCUUCACUUGGAGUUGUACCUCGUCACCUCGAUGGUCAUCAUUCAAGAGACUAUCUCCGCCGAUCUGAUCGUCUUCAUCGCCCUCUUCGCCGAUCUGGCAACCGUCGCCAUUGCCUACGAUAACGCGCACUCCGAUCCUCGACCCGUCGAGUGGCAAUUGCCCAAGAUCUGGGUGAUCUCGGUCAUCCUUGGUAUUGAACUUGCUCUUGCGACCUGGAUCGUCCGCGGCACCAUGUUCUUGCCCAACGGCGGAAUUAUCGUCAAUUUCGGUAACAUUCAGGAAGUUCUGUUUCUCGAAGUUGCUCUUACCGAGAAUUGGCUCAUUUUCGUCACCCGUGGUGGAGCCACCUUCCCAUCCUGGCAAUUGGUCAGCGCCAUCUUCUUCGUCGAUGUGCUCGCCACGAUCUUCUGUAUCUUCGGAUGGCUAUGGCACGGUACUGAUGGUGGUCUCCACACCCCUCCUUACCCGAAUCCAAUGGGUGCCUACUACUACAAGCAAACACCUCACGGUUGGACCUCCGUCGUUACCGUUGUGUCGGUGUGGGCAUACUCGAUCGGUGUCAUCAUCAUCCUCGCCAUCACAUACUUCUGUCUCAACCAGAUCCCUGCGCUUGCCGAUCUCGGCCGCAAGAACCGCAGUAUGCACGAUACCCAGAUGGAGAACAUCAUCGGCCACCUCAGCAAGCUCGCGCUCAGGCACGAGAAGGACGAGCACGGCGAGAGCAGAUUUGUGCUCGCCACCAAGUCUACUGAAGACGAGGAUGACGACUAG